ACCUUUUGUAUAAGCUGAGUCUGACUAAUUAUUAUUAUACCCAUGGUCUUACACACCUCGGGAAUUGGUCAGAGCUAUUGAUUGAUUGUUAUUAUCAUUGGGAUUGGAAAUUCUCUUAUCAGUAACCUAAUGAUGUCUGUAGUAAUGGUUUCAAACCUUUUUUUAUGCAGGCAAAAUGGCAGAGUCCAGUGUUCAUAGUAAUCCAAGGAUAAGAAAAUUCUUCACUGUUGUCAGUGGCAAUACCUUGGAUUCUCAUAAGGACUUUUUGGAACAACUCACCAAGCAACAAGACUUUACUCAAGUGUGGACCCUGGAGAAGAGUGAUGUCAUCAUAACUUUCUGUCCUAUCGUCAGUCGUGCUGGGACUGAUAUUGAAGCAGCACUGCAGAAGAUCCCAACUGGUAAACGUGUUGUUUUGGUGGUGCUGCAUCAUACCUUCAACCCAGACUGCACAGUACCUGACAGUAGCAGACUGGUGACCAGAGAUGAUAUUCUAACAGUGGACUGUUUGUUCCAUGAGAACCAGGGACUACUGAACUGUCCUCGCAAUAAAGAAGCAGUCCGUACGAUUUGGAGCCAUCUGAACAUACAGCCAAAGAAUAAGAACAUCACAGAAAGUUGGCGUGAGCUGACGAAGAGUAAGAAGCAAGUGGGUCCACUGAAAAAAGAACAACGGGAACAAAAAUGUCAGCAAUGUGUACAUAAGGACGGACUACUAAAGCAGAUGGAUGAACUAAACAGAAAACAAGAUGAUAUGUUAAAAGUGAACGAAAAACAACUAGAAGAGAAGGAGAAUCAGAUAAAGCAAAGUGACAGACAAACGGAGGUUACAAACAAUAAAAACAAAAAACUUGAACAACAGGUACUUGAUCUGAAGAUCGAAGUAGAGAGACUGAGUAGCAAGGUCUCAGCACAGACGACUGAUUCUGCGCCUAAACCCGAAGAAUCAGUUGACGGGAUGGAAUGCACAGGAUAACGAGCAGCGGUAGAUCCUUUGUUUGGGUUUUCGUCACUGAUUAUUUGGAUGUACCAGGAUUGGGCGAAGGUGGUGCUUAAACUUUGACUGCUCUGUGCAUGUGGAGGGGCGGGGGGGUUUAACAAGUGACAUCAAUAAGGGAUCAUAGCUUUCACCUGGAUUCACCUGGUCAGUCUAUUAAUGUUUAGUAUACUGACCAUUUUAUUCCAAAACAGUCAUAUCGUUGUGAUGUGAAACUUCAGACACUUUAUGCUGAUCAAAAUAAUGUUUUAGUUUCAAAAUGCUAACAUAAGCGUUUCUUGGUAGUGACUUUUCUACCAAAACCAAAGUGGGGAUUGUAGUCAAUCCCCGAGCUGACAAGGUACAAAUCUGUCGUUCUACCCCUGAACAAAUGCAGAUCCUAGGCCGUCAUUGUAAUUAAGCAUUUGUUCUUAACUCAUUUGCCUAGUUAAAUAAAGGUUAAAUAAUGUCAUACAGUAAAUUCUCAUGUAUUCCCAUUUAAUCAUGUGUUACCCAUAAAGAAUAUAUUCUACAGGUACAUAUAACACAAUGUGAAUAUGGUCAUGGACUUGUACCAUUUUAAGAUGGAAAAAAUAAUCUGUACAUUUGUUUAUUGUUGUUCAGUAAACUUUUGUUUUGAUCAGAGUUGCACUAAUGUGUCAUACUCUCCUGAUGUCUAUGAGGAAUGAACUUAAAUCUAAAAAAAAUGAUGUUAUCACGUGAGCCUAAUCAGCCUUGUCUUUGGAUAAUAAAAUGCAUUAUGAAAUUAAA